CUUUCCAGUGUAACUUCAUGUGAGUGCAUCCUAGAAGUUCCCUGGACAAGGCCACCGCCCCGGAAUCAGGGCCUUCCCAGUUCUGCCUUAGGGGAGGGAGAAUGGGGGUGGCCCACAGAAGACCAGUUCCAAGCGCGCCCUGAAGUCCCUCCCGCCGUCCCGCGUCGCUUUAAGGCGGAGGCCGGGGAGGGGGCCGACCCCGCCCGCCGGCUGGGCGCGCGGCUCCUGACUUAGGCAUUUCCUCCCCGCUAGCUGGCGCGGCCUCGCCUCCCCCUCGGAAGAGGAAACUCCCGGGGCCCGAGUAACGGGAACGAGCGCGGAGGAGAGCAGCGGGGGAGCCCGGUGUCAGGAGGGCCGCCCAGGGUAGGAGGCGGGCCGGGCCGGGCCAGAAGCUGGCCGUGGGCAGCGCGCCGGGGCGCUGGGUGGGGAGGGCCGCCCGGCCAGACGCAGCGCGCUGCCGGCGCAGGGCGCGGCCCGGAGCUUGGGAGCUGAGGGCGGGCCGCAGCUGGAAAGAGAACUUGAGCUGGGAGAGGAGGCCGAGCUGGAAGGCGGCUUCCCCCAGCCCUGCGAGGGGGGAGCCGCCGCGAAGGCGAAGGAGACGGGGACAGCGGGGCUGCUGGGGUGCUGCGCGCAUGCUGGGCCGGGGGCACCGCCGGGGCUGGCGCCCGGCAUGUCGGUGCAUUACACCCUCAACCUGCGCGUCUUCUGGCCCCUGGUGACCGGCCUGUGCACUGCCUUCGUGUGCCUAUACCAUGUCCUGCGAGGGAGUGGGGGCGCCCGGGCCGAGCCCCCCGACGGCGCGGACAGCGGCUUCCCGCUGCUCAAGAUAUCUGCCCUGCUCCUCCUCGGCUACAUCCUCCUCCGCUGUCGCCACGCUGUCCGGCAGCGUUUCCUGCCCGGGUCUCCCCGCCUGGGGGGCCACUCCACCUUCUCUCCAAGACACUUCCAAGAGCCCAGCCUCGACAUCUUGCUGGAGAGUUACUACGAGCAUGAGGUGCGCCUGUCACCGCACGUGCUGGGCCACAGCAAGGCACACGUGAGCCGGAUCGUGGGCGAGCUGGUGCGGGCUGGCCGCGCCCGGGGGUCCCCAGGCCCUAUUCCUGGGGGCACAUUGGCCUUGGCCUUCCGCGGAGACUUCAUCCAGGUGGGCAGCGCGUAUGAGCAGCAUAAAAUCCGCCGGCCGGACGCCUUCGACGUUCUGGUGCCAUUGCGCCUGCCGCCGCUGGUGGCGCUGGAGCCGCGGAGCCUGGGCGCGCAGCCCGCUUUGGCCCCAGCCUUUCACGGCUGCUUCGUGUGCGCACUCAAGGCGCCGCCGGGGGCCUCGGGGGGUCACUGGCUCCGGGACUGCAAACCCUUCGCCGAGGGCUUCUGUGUGGACGUGCGCGGGCGGCGCCACCUCUCGGCCACCCUGGUGCUGCGCUGGUUCCAGUCGCAUCUGCAGCGUUCCCUGGCCACCGUGCGCUACAGCUUGGAGGAGCGCUGUCGGGUCACCCUGACUCCGGGGGGCCUGGAGCAACCUCCCACCCUGCACAUCCUGCCCUGCCGCACCGAUUACGGCUGCUGCAGACUUUCCAUGGCCGUGCGACUCAUUCCCGCCGUCCAUUUGGGUGACGGUGUCUUCCUCGUGGCUCCACCACCGCCAUCCUCACCCGUUGGGCCCCUGUCGGAGCUCCCGGAAGGCCUGCGUGCAGAUGCACUUUGGGGCGUGAACACAGCCCGCCAGGAGCAGAAGCUGCUGGGCUGGCUGCAGGAACGGGCCCCUCCAGGUGCCUGCUACCUCAAGUGCCUGCAGUUGCUUAAAGCCCUCCGAGAUCUGGGUGCCCGCGGGCUGGACCCAAGGGCUGCCACCCAGUGGGGACGCAUCCUGUCCUCAUACGUGCUCAAGACAGUGCUGCUGGCGGUGCUGCUGUGCGAGAGGGCGCCCGAGCAAGGCUGGGAUGAGGCUCACCUGGGCAAGCGCAUGGAACAGUUAGUUCGGUUUCUUAGGGACUGCCUGCUGGGACGCCAGACACUCUUCCACUGUGUUCUCGGCCUUGGCGGGGCAGCCGCUGAAGUGGGCCCACUGCCCAAGGUACUUCGUGAAGCCGCCCCAGUUGACCUCCUGGCUGCUUUUGAUCGUCACGCCCGGGAACUCGUGGCUGCACGGUUGCUGUCCACAUGGCGAAGGCUGCCCCAGCUUCUGCGGGCCUAUGGGGGUCCCCGCUACCUUGCCAGGUGCUCUCCACCCCGGAGUCAGCGCCCCCAGCACACCCAGGGCUUCCCCAAAGAUGAACCAUAAACCCUGGCCUAAUGCUCCUAAAGCCUCUCCCACCAGGCGGGGGUGGGGAUGGCCAUGAGGCCAGUUCAGCUCCAGAAAGAUGAGCUGCAGAAGGUGUUGGAAACUUCGGAGGAUGAUAUUUGGUGGUUUAAAUGACACCCUUGGGUCCACAAUCCAGUAUAGUUAUGGCAACUUCUUCACACCCACCAGAGUGCCCUAGGCAGGCUCCAGAAAAACAUCCAACAGCAGCAGCUAAGAGUUAGUCCAAAUGUUGGUUUGUGUGGAAUGAUUCUGUGGAAGGAUCUGCAGAUUUUAGGAAGGUCCCGUGAAGGAAGAGAGAGCUGGCAGCAGGAAUAGUUCCCUCUGUUGGUUUUUGUGUCACAGGUCUCUCUGCCCUCAGAUUUAAAGAAGUUAAAUGUUUUUUGGCUUGACGACUUGCUAGGUCCUGGGUUCCUGAUUGAUUUUGUAAAAAACAUAAAUAUCUACAACUGGAAUUGAAGUUCUAGUCUAGGGGCUACUGUUCUGAGGAACAUAGUUCCCACUCUUCAAAUGAAUAUUAAUGUAUUUUUAAAUGGUGUAAUCGUUAGUGUUUGAUGGGAUUGUGAAGAAGUAAGUCACACAGGUUGAGAGGCAGCCAAGAGUUGGUUAGAGAAAAUUCCAGAGCAAAUAGCACUUUAUUUUGAUCAAUUCUUUUGUUUUGUGAUAAUCGCUAGUGCCAAGUGUUACAUCCAAAAGGGAGACUAGCUAUAUUUACUAUUAAGAAAGGUGCAGUCUUGAAAAGCUGGCUUACUUUAUUUACAUCCCUCCGGGCACUUGCCAGAAUGUGUACCAGUCAACAGCCAUUCAUUGAGCCCAUGCUGUGAUCCAGGCACAGUGCAAAGUAGCAUCAAAGUGCUCGUUUAAGACAACACCGGGGAGGGCGGGAAACAUGUUGGGUCUCGAGAAAGAUGUAUUUUAGUCUUUGCCUAUCAAGGAGUCUCACUGGAACUUGCUGCUGGCUGCAGAGAAAAACCUCUUUUUAAGGCUUUUAAGCAUACUCCUUUGCAUGAGAUUUCUUUCAGAGUUUAAUGAGGUAAUGAAGAGGAAAUGCCUACUGUAGUGCCUAACUUGUAGUUCGUGCUCUCAAUGCUCAGUAAUGGUUAGUGGUUGAAAGUUAUUCUCCUGUUGCCCAAGCUGCCUUUAAGUGGUCCUAAGGCGACUUUGAAGAGCGGUUGUCAGCACAGGUCUUGCAAAGCAUUUCAUUAUGUAUAGUUCAGUAUCUGGGGCUCAGUAUUUGAAGAUCCACGACUCCCUGGUCAAUCAGCAGAGGAGAAAUACAGAAGAGAGCAUGAGGAGAUGGGUGGAGAUGAAGGGAGAAUAGCUCUUGUCAGUUUUUUGUUUGUUUGUUUUUUUGGUGUGUUUUUUUUUUGUCCUUUGGACAGAAAUAUCACCAGGUUGGGUGUGUCUUGCAACCAGGAGGAGCCCCUUCUGAAAUCCCUCUUUGUCCUCCCAAAUUUCUAACAGCCCACAAUUCCAAGUUUAGAAUGGUCCAUCCUAUGCUCUCCUGCUAGAAACUGCAGCCAGUCCCAGUGUUACUUUGGGAUAUAUAUUUUUUU